GUUCAGACAGUACCGUUCCUAAAUCCUAAUUGUUUAGAUCUCGUUCGCCAGUCUUGCACCAUUUAUUUUAUUGUUGCUUCCACCAUCAAGUUAAUUGUGGCAAAAUUAUUGUCGUCUUUAACUCAGGGAGUUUCUGAACACAAGUCUUUCGUACAAAAUGGAAGAGUUCCGAGAGCAGCUGCGUCUAAACAUGCUGAGGUGCGUGGACAAUCAUGCCGAGACCGUGGUUGCAGUUGCAGGCCGCACAGCUCUCUACAACUACAAUGAGUCAGGAGAAACAUGGAGCAAGACUGAUGUUGAAGGAACUUUGAUGAUCUACACCCGUAAUGCCAAGCCAUGUCAUAUGCUCACCAUCAUCAACAGAAAUUCCAAAUCAAAUUUCAUUGAGCCUAUCACAAAGAACUGUGAUGCUCAGAUUAAAACCCCUUAUAUUUUGCUAAGAAAUGACAAGAUGAAGAUUUUAGGCAUCUGGUUUGCUGAUGAUAAUGAUGUGCCUAAGAUAUUUGAAGCUAUUGGAAAUUUUAUAAAAAUGGAGGAACCUGAGAUCAGUCUUGUUCCAGCCAAUGAUGCAAACAAUGAAGCCAAGACAUCUCGUGUAAGUGAUAUGCAUCACAACACUGCAUCAUCCAGCUCGCCCGAGAACAUAAUGUCAAUGCUCAGCAAGGCACAUGGUGAAUAUGAAAUCAAGAAAGUUGACAACACUGUUGAGAACAAGAGGUCCCCUAGCGCCAACCUUCACCAAGUAAACAACGUGGUUAACACAAUUGCUAACUCUAAUAACAGUCUUGGAAUUGCACAAGAGAAUGCUGGAGCUAAAUCACCUCAAGGCAACACAGUUGCUGAUUUCUUUGCCAAAGUUGGUGUAGGACUUGGACCUUCAGCAAAUGCUGCAGGUCCUCAUCAUGUUUCGCCUCAGAAUAACGUGAAUGGUAACGCCAAUUCAGUGAUGCCAAUUGAGCUCAUUAACCAGUCAGCUAACCCAGUGCUGCAGCAACUGUUCCAGGGCGCCGCGGCCGUGGGUGGCCAAGCCUCGGUGCUGUGCAGCAACGGCUCCACCAGGGCUCUUCCUAUCCCAGCUACUGGGUCUGCAAUCACCGACAACAGCCGAGAUGCGGGAGUCAGCAAGUCAGGGUCCAUGUCACUUCAGGAGCUGGAAGGGCAACUCAGGAAAAACCUGCUUAUGCCUGGCAUGACAGUAUGCAGUGAAGAUGAUCUGCUAAAGCAACCGGCUGCUUCCAAUGCUGCCAACAUCAAUUCCCAACACCUCCCUCUACGGUUUGGCAUGGCCACUGUGCCCAUGAGCGAGACUGGAGUCGUACCGGGAAGUGUGACGAGCGCGCUAGAUGGUAAACAGAUUUUGAGUAGCCCCAACGCGGGUUUGGGGUUGAUUUUGGGUGGCCCUCCUGGCAUCAAUACCUCAACAUUCUCUAGCCACAGCAACUCAAGCGACAGCGGGGCUCGCAGUGACGGAGGCAUGAACCUCACUGAAGAAGACAUACUCAACAAGAAUGAGCAGGACAAGCUAAGAUUGCAGCAGCUACAGCAGCAGGUGCAGUUGCAGCACAUGCAACACCAGCAACAACUUCGCCUCGCGCAGAAGCAACCGCAUCAGCCGCAGCAACAACUGCUUAUAGAACAACAGCUGCAGCAGCGAGUGCAACUUCUGAGCAAUAAAGAACCUCAGAAAACAUUACCUCCACUCAAUCAGAGUCAGUUUGUUCUGGCCCUGAGCCACGCUCUCACAAAGGAGGACUUCGUGCGGCAGCUCUACCAGGCGUACGAAGAAGUCGUACUCAAGCAUCCCAACUGCUAAGAAUCCUCCCUUUGUUUCUCAGAUGCUUCAGUACCUUGAGUAGCUUAAUGUUUUAUGGUAGAGUCUGCCGUCAAACUUUAUACGCUAGUUUAUUUUAUUCUUAUGUAAAUAAAAGAUAAAUUUGGUGUUUACAAAUAGCAACUAGUACUGUUUUAGUUUGCUUGGUCGAGAAGUUCAGAGCAUUAGAGGUGAAAUCUAUGAGAAGCUAUUUACAAUUUAGGAUAGCAUUGCAAAUAAGGCGCUACUAGCAGAUAUUUAUCGUCUCUCUACAUCCGUGUGUAAUGUCAAGUUACUGCAGUAGCUUCAUAGUUCUUCAAAUAUAUAGUUCUACAUAGUUUAGCUGUAGUCUAAACCAGCCCUACAGUUGUUCCUUCAGUACUUUCAUUCCAAAAUAUCUUCAUCAAAUAGAAUUUAUUUCAUUGAUAUUUGAAGCCGUUAUGCUUCACUGCUGUCAUGAAAAUUUUCCCUGUCAAAAUCUGUAUUGGAUUAUUUACAACAAAAUAGCACUGGAUUCAUGUCUCUAGAUAGAAGUGAAAAAUCUUACUGGUCUCAAGGAUUUGUGAAGCGUGUAUCGGUUUAAGAGAUUCUCUGCACAGGCUAUGCACGUGUCGAUAUGUACACGGUACGAGGAAUAUUAUUGUUGCUAAAUACUUAAUGGACUUGGGCAUGUGCUUCUAAGUUGUGUGUUAAAGUUGAGGAUCGGAUUUUAAUCCGUUGUAUGUCGGAGUGGAAUUAUACCGCACUGCAAUAAUUUUACUUGUAAACUUCAAGUUCGAAGAUUUUUUUUUUCUGUCUUGACUUUGGCUUCUGGAACUUGGUCUUUAAACGUGUUUUUACCUCAUUUAUUUUGAGAACAAAUUCAGGUAGGUAUUAUUUAAUUGUUCUCUGACGAUUUUACAAAAUUAUUGAACUGUAAAAGAUAAUGUUAAGGGACUUCGUUUCUCAGACUUUGACGCUUAGACGAUUAUUUUUCAUACUCAUUAGCAAUUAUUUUGGUUGAAGUAAAGCUUUUCAUUCAAUAGCUGUCGUCUUGUGUUUGAAUUCGAUUAUUAUAAGGCUGAACAAAAUUGAUGUCAGCAACGAGUAGGCCUUAUCCUCUAAUCGGGAUUCCUCUAAGAGUUCUUAGGCUGUCCAAGAACUGGCAUUAUUGGCUACUUUUAGAGUUAUGACGCAUAUAAAUUUUAAUUUCUUUCAGGAUUGGCGACUAAAACUUAUCAUGGGCUAAUGUUCAUAACUUUUGUAGAACUUCUUAGUUAGGAUCAUCUCUCUGACUCGUGCAUAUCGUUGCAACCCGCCCUUGUUGAUCACGCUCCAAGUUGUCAUUAAAUCUAUACCUAAACGUGCACUUUACAUUUAUUUCGCCAGUAUUGUUGUGUGUAGACAGAGGACUAAGCUUUCUUGGCGUUGCCUCAUCGGCAACUCCAAUUUUCUAUCUCACUAAAUCUUCGGAUGGCU